GGUAUUUUCCGGUUGGAGAGGAAAAAGCACGUCGAAUUCAAGGGAAAUUUGAAUAAUAGUAAAUGAUCCAGAACCGUUCUAUAACAUGACAAAGAAAUUGGAUAUUGGAUUAUUGGGUAUUAUGAAAGCGGUGUGUUUGAUAAUCAGCGGAGCAUAGGCCAGUGAUGGAGUUUUGUAAAAAUGGCAGUUAGAUCAGAACUUAGUGAGCAGAAGCUGGGAUACAUAAGAGAGUUCGUCAACAACAGAGACCCAAAAGAAGAAUAUAAGCUUAUUCAAAGCAUUGGAACUGGGACUUAUGGAGAAGUUUACAAGGCAAUUCGACUACGAACAAAGGAAUUCGCUGCAGUGAAGAUAAUUAAAGUUGAUGCAAAGGAUGAUGUACGUGCCAUACUUCAGGAAAUACAGACCUUGCGAGAGUGUCGACAUUGUAACAUUGUACAGUUCUUUGGGAGUUAUUUUAGAAAUAAUAAACUUUGGAUAUGUAUGGAGUUUUGUGGUGGUUUCUCGAUGCAGGAUAUUUACACACAUAUUCAGCGGCCAAUCGAAGAAAAUUGUAUUGCUUUUGUAUCCCGUGAAACAUUACGUGGAAUAGAAUAUAUGCACAAAGCUGGAAAAAUACACCGUGAUAUUAAGGGUGCAAAUAUAUUACUAACGAAUGAUGGUGACGUCAAAAUCGCUGAUUUCGGUGUUGCAGCACAAAUAACUCAAACAAUUCAACGUCGGAAUUCAUUUAUUGGUACACCAUACUGGAUGGCGCCUGAAGUUGCUGCUGUUGAACGUAAAGGUGGUUAUGAUGAGAAAUGUGAUGUAUGGGCAUUAGGGAUAACUGCUAUUGAAUAUGCUGAACUCCAGCCUCCAUUGUUUGAUCUACACCCAAUGAGAGCAUUACGUAUUCUUGGCAUGCGUAGUUACAAGCCUCCAGUACUACGGAAUAAAUCUUUAUGGUCUCAAAAAUUUCAUAGUUUUCUCAAGGCGGCAUUAACAAAAAGUGAAAAAAAGCGACCAACAGCUCAAGCUUUAUUACGACACGAGUUUGUUACUCAACCACAUUUAACUAGACUAUUAACGUUGAAGUUACUGGAGGCGAAUCGUAAUCCAGAGAGCACCAGCUCCAACAACAAUAGUAGUAGUGGUAGACUAGCGUUAGCUACUGGCUAUGACCCUUCGAAUAAUCCACCACCACCGAUACAACAACCGAAACAACAAGAAUAUUCUGCCUUAUUAUCUGGACGACCAGAUUAUCCAAUGGUGACAGUGAAUAAACUACCAGCACAAACACCUACGGAAGAACAUAAAGAAUCUCUAAGUGAUCGAAUCAGUGAAUUCGGUUUUCGUAUUCAUGGUUCAUCUGAAGGUGAAGAGGAUUUAGAAGAUGAAGAAGAUGAUCUAGAGGAUAGUGGAAUUCGAGAUGAGAUAGUUAUACCGAAUAAUGUAUAUGAUAUAGCCAUGAAUAUAUAUGGAUUGCCAUCGAAGAAUGGAGCUACAGCCGGAGGAGGAGGGGGAGGCGAGUGUACAACAUCGCCAACAUCAAAUCAUCAUAAUACAAUGACGACGACGACGUCGAGGACAACACCAACAGCGGUAGCAGCAGCAACAGUUGAAAAUCAUCAAAACAAACAUUUAGUCAACGGUGAAUGUGGAGAAAGAGGAGGACAGAAUCAAACACCACAAGAUUCAGUGAAUUCUAAUCAGGAUACUAAGAAAGAGAAUAUUUCACAGUCACCUUUAACCGUUAAUACUACUACUACUACUAACACUAAUAAUAAUAGUAGUAAAUUGAUUAGUCAAAAAGAAUUAGAUUUAAAUGAAAUUAUCAAUUGUACUGAACAAGAAUUUUAUCCAGAGAAAUCAGGAGAAGAAUUAAUGUCAUUAUUGAGACAAUUGAAAUUUGCGCAAAAAUUUGCUUGGUUAUCAGGAGCGUCUGUAUUACCGACAACAUUGGCUGCAUUGACUGGUAGUCAGCCAACUAAACUGAACGGCAAUGGUAAUCAUGACAGUGAGAAUUAUGCCGCUAAUAAUGGAGUUAGUGUUGGUGCUGUUGGUGGAACAGUUAUGAGAAGGACCCAGCCUGAUGCUGACGAUGAUAAACAAAAUACCGCAACUCUUAACAAUAAUAAUACUACUAAUAAAAAUACGGUCACUGCUAGUCCUGAUCUGUCUAAAAAUGGUGAUGUUGACGUAGCGAUACCAGUUGAAGUCGUCCAUCAUCAUUCUACUACUGAUGAUGAUGUUGUCAAUGGAAAAUCAAUUAAAUCGAUUGACUCUACACGAAAUAAACAGGUUAAUAAUGAAAUUACAUUACACAAUGGAAGUAAUACUAAUGAUAAUAAUUUGAUUAUAAAUGGACAAAAUGGAUUACAAAGUUUACAUGUUAAUGGAAGCAAAGAUGUUGACGAAAUUGUUGACAAAUCUAUAAAGAAUGGAAGGCCAGUAGUAGUCAGUUGUCCAACGGAAGAAGAAGAGAAUGGAGAAGAAAGUACUACUCUUAAUGGACAUGUUGAAUCACCUAUACUAUUCAGUGAGACAAAAAGAAAAGAAAUUGAUAAAUUGAAUCUUUCUGUAGCGCAUAUUUCAUCUUUACCGUCAACAAUAACUCCUCAUCACCGAUAG